ACUCGGGUCUGUCGUCACGAUGAGUGCCGAGCCCUUGAAGUAGCAGUUCCAGUAGUUCUUGCCCUUGGAUUGGUAGUAGAGGUUCAUGGCGAUGGAAGCGUGGGACACGAGAGUAUCCGGGUAGAAGCAAGUCCAGCCCCUCUGCAGUACGCUGCAGUCCACCUGAGAGCAAGCAAAGUUCAAGUUUGCAGCCAAGGUCGCUUCAUCCGCCGACGGCUUGGCAACGCACCAGGUUUUCUGCAACACCAUCAAACAGCAACAUUUUUCUGA